CAAUCCUGUUCUCCAUCCAGAAUGAGCCCCUCCAAACGCAUCGAUGCCUUCCUCUUCCCGAACGGCGAAGAUCAAGAACGCCUAUGCGGAGAUCAGCGCCUGUACAUCCAGUACCCGUCCCGAGGAGCGCGAUCCUUGGCCCGAACUCUCUGGUUGCUAUUGACCUGCUCAUGGACGGUGAUUUUCAUACCCGUAAUCCCCGUCGCCAUCGUCGCUGGACGACGUGAAUGGAGCUCGGGAAUCACCUUCAGCCUCAACUACGUCGCGCUCCUACCACUCGUGGGCAUUUUCCGAUAUGGGAGCGAGAUUCUCGCCGUCGACGCGCCUCCUCCUUGUCGAAAGAUUUGGGAUGUGGCGGUGGGAGCUUUUACGCUGGAUCUGGAGGUCGCUGUUAUCGCUCUCUGCCGCGGCCAUGUAGACUUGACCAGAGCGUACAUUGUUGGGAAGAUCGUUUCAGCCAUUCUUCUGUCAUCAGGUAUCUCCUUCCUUGUCUCUGGUCUGCGCCGGAUCGAGGAGGAGGACCGCUUCAACCAAAGUGUUGCAUCUACACUAGCAUCAUUGCUCGCUACCGCCAUCGUACCGUUCGGGAUUCUCGCGGUUUUAACUUUGGUUCCUGGAGAGUUCUCAGGCACGGAAGCUGUUUUGACCAUGUCACGAGGCACUUCCUUCGUUCUACUCAUCAUCUACGCUCUCUAUCACCUAUUCCGCCACACUCACUCCGACAUUCUAGACGAGGAGUUCAAUGGCGAAAGCCAAACUUUACUCGCCACCAGGACCACUUCAAGACGACUCACUUUCUGGACCGCCGUUCCCACCAUGGCCGUGACGGGCAUUUUGGGCUAUUUCUGCGCAACGUUCAUGCUCGAUGCGUCAUCGAAGAGCGAAAGUGUGCCUGGCGAUAGUUUCAUCGGAUACUGCUUGAUCCCGCUACUUGCAGUCUUGGCUGGGAUCACAAAGAUCUCCAGCUAUGCGUGGCGACAGCAGAUGGAAGUCAUCCUUGAGCUGGCUGCAGGUGUCAGCAUCCAGAUGGCAUUCUUCAUUGGGCCUGUCUUCUGCUUGCUCGGCUGGGCAAUCGGCGUGCCGAUGAGUCUCGAGCUGGAUAUGUUUGAAUUUGUUACGUUUGCAGUCAGUGUCUGGAUCUUUAACCAUCUUAUCGAGGACGGCAAAAGCAAUUACAUGGAGGGUGCAAUGAGUCUCGGCCUAUAUACAAUUGAAGUGCUAGCUUUGUAUCUCUAUGGACGCCUUUGAGCACAGCGGUCACCUGGGUCCCGAAGAAGAAUUAGCCAAGCUAUGCAGAGUCCGCGCGGCUGCAGCAACGAGGUGUGGCAAUUGGGCGGAAAGGACUAAUUACUGUUGACAGAUAGACACAUCACCACGGCAGUUGAAUAUACAGAAUUUUCG